GUGCAAUAUGCUGGCGGUCUGUUUACCGCAGGAACUGGACUUGACGCGGAUUUUCUCAAGGAAGUUUCGACGUCACUGUUCGUGGCCACGGAGAUGGCGCUCUCCUGCCUGUGUCAAAUCGAAUCCGACCCAACCCUCAACGUGUCAGCAGCCGCGAAUGCCAUUGUCUCUGCAAGUGUGUACUCUUUUUCGGGCUUUUGCUCACCCGCAUGGCAGCUCCUACCAGUUUGCCAGACCACAAAAAUUCAUCGGUCAUUCUCUCCUCCCCCCCCCCCAGAUCUAGCACCCCUCGUGAACUGUCGGACUUUCGCCAGCGUUCUAGUGAACCUGUCGAAUCGUCGGGAUGAAAAGUCAUUCCAAUCGUGGCUUUCGGACAACUUCAGCGCCUACGCUCAGAUUUUUACGAAUCUAGAAGCAGCGUUUUCGUCGUGGAAACCCUACGAAAUCACCCCUAAACUGUCCGACUUCCACGUCCCGAGGUUCUUGAACCUCAAAAUUGAUCAGAGUAAGCUGUCCUCCGCGGUCGAAGAAUUUCUCACUGAAAUUACGAUAGAAAUUUGCCGAUCAGUGCGCUGUCUCCCAAAUAGCGUAUUCCCCUAUUUGGAGUCGGCUCUUCUGGACACUACAUUGCACGCGUCGCCGGUCAUCUCACUUAUAGCUCAGGAUGUUUGGUGUUUCGUUGUAAGGUACGGCAGUGCUGACCUCUGCUGGCAGUACGUGACACUUCUUGCCGGUGUGAUCAUGUGUCUGGCGGAGCGCUACGAGGCCGGUGCGUCUGGUGGGUGUCCGCCUUGCGGCGUCCUCGAGCAGAUGUCGCGACUUGGUUGCCUGCUGAGUCGAUUCAUCGUUUUCCUUACUGCCAGACAACAGCGCGAGUUUCUGUCGACAUUCCCCCUCUUCGAUAGUCUCGGUCGCGGCGCCACUGAGAAGUCUCUGCUCUGGCGGUUCCUCGUUGUCGGUAGCUCACAACUCCAGGCGUCAAUUCGUCCGCUUGUGGAGCGGCAGGUGUUCGAGCGAGUCAACUUCCUACUCACCCAGCCCAAGUCACCUGCCUGGCUCAUUGACGCGCUUGUAUGUCUCCGGCUCACCGAAGACCUCCCACCCGCCUCUUUGGUGCCCUUUUCGACCUCGCUGGCCCAUCUGUGUGCCGCAGCUGCCACCUACGACGUCGACCCCACGCCCCCCCUCACUGCCCCUCCGUCUCUGCUGCGCCAGAUCGACGUCUCGGCGCGCAUUCAGACCAUCACAGUCGUUGUCUCCAAGUGGUUCCCUCGACUACUCUACCUCGCCACUGCCGACGGCCACGACGACCUCACGACCGAAAGUCGCGAGUUAAUUCAGGUACUCCGAGUGGCAGUGGUCCCAUUUAAACCCGCUAGCUGCGUUGUUUGCAUGGUGUCCCUUUACUCGCAGCUGCUGCUGAACCAGUUGAAGCUGUCAUGCCGAGACGGGCUUGCCUUGCCUGCAAUCGACGCCAUCUCACGUUGGGUGUUGGCGUGUGGCCCCAAAGGUUCCGACCAGUCGAACUCCCUGUCCUACCCGCUUUCCUCAUUCAGCCUGGCCUCCCUUCGUGGUCCCCUCAGCCCGCUCCCAUCUUCACACCGAUGGCUUUCUGCUGUUUGGUCUCCUCUAUGCCAAACAGAGCUGACGAGUAAUUGUGGGCUCACUCGUCUGGUUGUUGAAAAUCUCAAAACGGCAAGUGAUCUUUUGUGUUACAAUCUCAAGGGAAAGAUUCUCUCUGUUUUCGCCUGUCUGAAACUGCAAGAAUUCUGCCCGGGAAUCGGCGACCAGAAACGACCCCGCACACCCAGCACCGACGCGACGGGACUCACCGACAGCGUCGACGCCUGCCUCGUCAAACUGGCCGAGACAAUAGCCUGUCUGGAGCGGGCCUCGGACGGGUUCACCGACUCGCACGUUGCUCGUGGCAGCGAACUCGGCAGGCGUUUGGCCUCGCUCUUUCGCAAAAUCAGUGACUAG